UUCUCACAUUGAGUCACUCUUUGGGUCACCUUCGAACCCUGAACAUGUUAAGUUUUAUUUGAAGAAUAAGGCUGAGAAGAAACAGACAUUACAGAAUACAGCCCAGAACAGUAAUACAAGAAAUUCACGUGCUGAAAACUGCACUCUGAAAGAGUACUGAAAAUAAUAACAUCGCAUGGGCGGGUCCUGUUCGAAAGGAAGUUUGUUCUACAAGCCCCUCUGCUAAAUCAUUUUCUAGAGAGAAAUUAAGGGAGAAAAUUAAGAAACUUACUACUAUCUCUACUGAGUAUAAAUCUAUUUCUACAAUGAUUAAGAACCAGAGUUUUAUGAAAUCAAGAAUAGCAUCUAAAUCAGACUUUAUAAAAGUCAACCCUCUUGGAGAAAACAGGCUUAUACAGAGUCCUUUUUAUGUCAGUAAAGGAGACAUCAGUGUUUUUGAUAAUAAUUCUCUGUUCAGAAAUACAACUAAAUUACGGGAGAAUUCUAAAGGACAUCCAUUGAGUCAUUUGGAAUCUCUAAAGGAAAAUACGGUAUCGAAAUUAGCCCUGACUCAAUUAACUGCAAAAGCUUCCAAUACUCAAGCUGUUCAGAUCCUCGAUUGAUCCUUCAGCUCUAACUUUCCAUUCUUUUCCCAAGAUGGGAUUAAGGAAGACUUUCAAGAUCAAGAAAUAAAGGAAUCAAAACCAAAUUGUAGAGCUAAAACACCUGGUAUAGAGACAAAAUCAUCACAAAGGAUCAACCGGAUAGAUUCAAUGUCUCCUAAAAGUAUUCUUAAGAAACCGUGCACAGCUCAAGUGGGACAUCGAAAGAAAGUGCAUUACUCCAGAAGACUUCAAAGCAGUGGAGACCACUCAGUUCAGCUAAAUAACCUUAGGAUGGAGGAUAUGAACCAGUCCUCCUAUUUCAACAGUGUCCGUUCUGGUAAGAAUAAUGAUCCGAACAGUUCUGCUAAUAAGCUUAAACAUAAAAUCUUGCAGAAAGCCAAGGAACGACAAAAGCCGAGGAAAAUCGACCAUUGUACUUUAAAGCAGAUCAUCCAGUAUAAAAAUGCGUAUAAAUCUUAUAAUACCAAGCUGUUCAAAAAUAGAGUGCUGAAGCACCCCCAAAAUGAGGAAACUACCAAGGAAGAGAUCGCUAAAAUUAUUGAGUAUGACCAUCAAGAAAUUUAUUCUCCAGGGAAGCAGCCUUGUAGCAUGACUAUUAUUAACUCUCAUGCUAGGAAACCGUUUAAAUCCAUUGAUGCAACCAGCAAUGUGAAGAGACUCAUUAAGAAGCCUGGCAUAAAUCCUGAGAUUGCAACACUUUAUAAGAAAUUUGGCAUCUUGGGAAAACUUACCAAAGCAAGACCUCAUUCUGGGUUUACUAGUAACAUGAACAUUGAAGAAAACCGAAUCGCUUCUGGCUCUGGAUUUAGAGGAGCCGUUGCUCGAGGCAAUGUACGGAAAAUCAAGCUUAACAUCAAAACUAACAAAUCUAAGAGUACUGAUGAUCACGCAAGCAGGAAAUUUACAAACAAAUAG